AUGGCCACCAAGCCAGCUGCACGGCCUGAUGCCAAGGCGACGGUUCCCCCCAACCAGACGCUAUACUGCACCAAUCUUCCAGACAAGCUACGCAAGCACGAUCUUCGCUCGUCGCUCUACACCUUCUUCUCUACCUACGGUACCGUCCUCGAUGUUGUGGCUAUGAAGACAAACAAAAUGCGAGGCCAAGCCCACGUAGUCUUCAAGGACGUUCAAGCCAGUACACAAGCCAUGCGCGCUCUUCAAGGAUUCGACUUUUUCGGCAAGGAAAUGAAAAUUGUGUAUGCCAAGGGAGCUUCCGGCGUGAUAGCCAAACUUCGUGGUACAUAUGUUGCACCUGCCACCAGUGCCGGAUUGAGCAGUGUGUCGACCGAUCUUCAAAAGUCUAUCUUCAGCGGCCCGCCUAGCAGCGUGCCCGCGCGACCUGCGACCGGGGCCAACGGGGAGCCGCAAGGAGUGAAGCGAGCUCGCGACGAAAGUGAUGACGAGGAUGCACCGAUGGAUGAGGACAGUGAUGUGCCAAUGGAGGCCUCCUCAGACGAGGAUUAA